AUGCUCGAUCCACGCUAUCCGGAGCUUCUCCCGAACAAAGCCCAUGCGCGAACCGAUUCCGCACCACCCGUCAGCAACCCGGGUCCGCUCACACCUACCGACGAAGCCUACGAUGUCUCGGGCUUGGAGGCACAGAUCCUCAAGGCCCUAGAGAAGCUUACGCAUGACCUCAGCCAAUUGCGCAGUGGAGGAAAGACGAACCCUGAGAUCGUGGAGAACUUAAAAGUGCAACUGGGCACGGCAGGAAACAAAGAGACGGUGAGACUGGGGGAUAUCGCACAGGUUGUUCCCAGAGGGAGAAUGUUCAAUGUUAUCUGCGGGGAAGACACGCACGUCAAGCACGUCACAAGCGCCAUCGCCGCCUCACCGCACUCGCUCACGCCUCUCACGCCCGAACCUUCGAACCCACUCACCAUCCAAGUACCGCUCCCACCGCCAACGGGAGAAUCGCGUCGCGCAGCCGUCGAGUCGGCCGUCAAAGCUUCUGAGCGAGCAGACAAGCUGAUACAGCAAGGACGCCAGGAACACAACAAGAAGUUGAGGAAGUUUGAGCUGAAUCGCGAUGUGCUACCGGAUGACCUUCAGAAGGCGAAGAAGAAGAUGGAGGAGGUGGUGAAGAAGGGACACGAGGAGGUUAAGCGCAUCAGCGAUGGCGCGAAGAGGGUGCUUGAGAGUCAGUAA